AUGGCAUCUUCCAAUCUGGGUGUUCUGAGGCUGCCGCUGAAGCCUGAGGUGGAGGACAACCAGUUUUCAGACGUGCCCUGCGCACCUUCCUUAGGCAUCGACCUUGCCAACCUCAAGACCCCACGCAGCUCCUACUACACCUGGAAAUAUCCCACUGGACUGCCCGAGGGCGCCCUGGCGCCACCCAACCGGCAAAUGCAUGACCGCUUCCUGGAGAAGCUUGGGGAGUUUCAGAAGGUGGUCGAAGCACAACCCCAGCGCUUGAAGCGCGAGAUCUUUUCUCGACGUUUGGAGGACUUCGAGUCGGAAGGUGCUCGCGAAGCACGCUGUUACAGGCUUUGA